UUGAGUAACACAGAAGGAGACAAGUUCACCAUCCCCCUUCUAUAUAUUUCUAAUUCAUCCAUCUUUUUUGCCAUUUAAAUUUCUUCUCUUUGAGGAACCACCCCAUUUGUCUCUUCUGUUGAUUCACUGAACACAAGCUCAAUGAAAACUAAGGCUAACAGAAUCUUCACCGUUCUUCUAAGGCUUCUAGCCCUGGCAGCAACCAUUGUUGCAGUUGUUGUCAUGGUUACAAGCCAUGAAUCAGCUCAAGUAUUGAACUUGACAUUCACCGCCAAAUAUAGCAAUGACCCUGUAUUUAAGUACUUUGUGAUUGCAGAAGCAAUUGCAGGCGGGUACACCCUACUAGUUCUUCUUCUUUCUUCCAAGAUUUUGCUUUGGCGGUUCACAAUCUUCCUGGAUGCGGUUAUAAUGGCCCUGCUGACCUCUAGCAUAUCAGCGGCAUUGGCAAUAGCUCAUGUGGGGAAGAAAGGCAACAGUCAUGCUGGUUGGCUACCUAUUUGUGGACAAGUUCCCAAAUUUUGUGACCAUGUCACUGGAGCUCUUGUUGCUGCUUUUGUUGCUGCGAUAAUCUACUUGGUGCUUCUUCUUUACACUCUUCUUGCUGUCCUCAGCCCUGCUUUCGCUGUAAAAAUUUAAUUAAAGGCCUCUGCAAUCCCUAAUUUAUAUGUAGAUUUUGUCCUUCUGAAUGUUCUUCAAGUCCUUUUACAUGUAAGUGUUCAAGUAUUUCUACCCUGAAUGUACUGAGAUAUGUUAACCAUCAAA